CACUCGACGGCCUCAGCUGCAUCCUUGACGGGCUGGCAGUCCACUAGUUGGUUAAUCGGUUAGCUUGCCAACCUCGCAGAACCCUGUCGGCUGCAGCAGAAGCGACGCUGCCUGCCAACUGCGAUCCGUUUCCAUGACUAAGGCGGUCAUAAGCCUUUGCGUUGCCCGUCAGAUCCAGGGACGUUUUCCUUUCCUCACGGCUGGAAUGGAAGAGACACCCUCUCUCGCCUGUUGAACUCCCGUCCCCCCUCUCUUUCUCCUGACGAUGGGCAUCCCUUAUCACUGAUUGAUCCGCCUCAGUUACUCAAAGAUUCGCUCGUUAGCCCCGCUUCGCAACUUCUGUACCUCCAUCCACCCAGGACGCUCCCAUCGUCUCUCGUUUCUUUCAGAUGCCAAUGCCGUGACGCUGAACAAAGAUGGGUUCCCAUCGUUAUUCAGAACUUGGACGCAGCCUGGGAAUAUUUGGUGACCAGCUGCCAUGGUACUGGAAGCUCUUCGCAAGCGGUUCAGCAUGGCUGCUUUUGGCUGGGUUCUUGAUUUUCCCUCUUUCUAUGGAUUACGAGAAUUCGGAUUUAGGAGGAAAUAGACAAGCAUUGAUUGCGGUAUCUCUGGCCCUGGUUGUCGUCGCAUCGAUUAACUGCGUAAUAUAUUGUGUGAGAUGGAGAAAGGCCUAUGAGCUCGUGGAUUCUAUCUUUUUGGCUUACCUCGGCUCAAGUAUCACCGGUCUGUUAAAUCUCGUCUUGAAUACCGUCCUUCGAAGUCUGCCCCUCGACACUUUGGCCAUCGCCGCCAUCGUUAUAUGCUCCAUUUUCACAGUCGGAUGCGCUAUAGCCGUCCUCUAUCAUUGGCGUGAUGAGUUCUCAGCGUCCGGACUCAAAAGGAAGCGGCGACGGCGCAGAGACCACCGCCUCGAUGACACCGAGCUGCAGAGACGACAACUGCUCAAACUGCUCUCGAAGAACUCUGAUCGAGCACCCAGUCCAGAUGUGACUCAAAACACCUUCAGGAUUGAUAUUCCUGAUCCUACCGUUGAGAGGGAUGAAGAAUCAAACGCCAUGCCGCAGCAACCAUCCGAAUUUCCCCUCGCACGGCCACUUCCAACAACCAGCUAUAACCUAAAGAGGCAUACCAUAUCGUCCAUUCGUUCAUCUACUCCCGACAGCGUGAAGAAAUACAGCCCUGUCGACUCGGAUCAGUCCCGCCAACCCAAAUAUCCAAUUGCCGAAUUGGGCGACCUCUAACAGCUUAAUGCUGGGUCUUGUGAAACUUGAGCACUUCCAUUUUUUUUCAUUGCUGCGGGGCGGAUUCCCUUAAACAUUGAUAAUAAUAUAUAAAGAGGCUAGCCGGUAUUUAUUCGGUUCAUAGUUUCUAGACAUUUAGGAUUGAUUUUACCAGCGGUGCUCGGAGCCUGGAGACAUGUGGAUCCGAUGUAUAACUGCUUAUUGACCAACUUGUGCAGAAACAGGAUUCUUAACCUGUUUAUGAAUUUUUGGGCAUCUGGCUUUCCGCCAUUUAUGGGAUAUGAAUUGCGUCUGUUUAACUGUCAACAGCACAAAACCUAAAUAAGACUGUGGGAAUUCUUUACAAUAGUACCCCCGCAGAUUUUACUUUUUUCUGGGGUCCAAGUUACGGGAGCCAGGAGCAUUGUUUAAUUCAUCAGUCAUCGUGUACUAUGAUAUGCUUAUGCACAAUAGGGGUUGAUGGUUUUUCCAUUCGCGCGACCGGUGUACAAAGGUGCUUACUUCAAGAAUGCACCGUUCGUUUUUGCGA